AUGUCCUCUCGUCCCUCCAUCGUCGGCCCUGAUGCUGGGCCCGACGCCCCUUAUCCUCUUCACAUGGAGGGCAAUGUAAUCUCUGGCUUUGGCCGGGGCUCCAAAGAGCUCGGCAUCCCAACUGCCAACCUCCCUGUAGACGCUGCCCUCACCCCCUGGAUCGCCGAUAUGCCCUCGGGAGUCUACUUUGGUUACGCCUCCCUCGCCCUGCCCAGCACGCACCCGGAUCACCCCGAUGCGACGACAUCCAAGGACGCUCCCAGCAGCAACGAGGCUGCUCUCCUGGCAUCUGCCCCUCAGAGCAACCCGCCCUUCCACAUCUUCCCCAUGGUCAUGUCCAUUGGCUACAACCCCUUUUACAAGAACACCGUCCGCAGCGCCGAGGUCCACCUCCUGCACAAGUUCACUGCUGAUUUCUACGACGUGCCCAUGCGUCUGCUCAUCCUCGGUUUCAUCCGUGAAGAGAAGGACUACAAGAGCCUAGACGCUCUCAUCGAGGAUAUCAACUUUGACUGCGAGGUCGCCAAGAACAGUCUUGCACGCGAGGGUUGGGUGCCGUCCGAGGGGCGUGUCAUUGGUGGUGCAAAUAUUGAUGGGAAGCUGGAUGCUCAGUGGCUUACUCGGACCGCGUGA